ACGGGUCAAGUAACGGAAAUAGUGGCUACGGGUCAAGCAACGGAAAUAGUGGCUACGGGUCAAGCAACGGAAAUAGUGGCUAUGGUUCUAGUAACGGAGGCAGUGGCUACGGGUCAAGCAACGGAAAGAGUGGCCACGGGUCAGGUAACGAAAUAGUGGCUACGGGUCAAGUAACGGAAAUAGUGGCUACGGGUCAAGCAACGGAAAUAGUGGCUACGGGUCAAGCAACGGAAAUAGUGGCUAUGGUUCUAGUAACGGAAAUAGUGGCUAUGGGUCAAGUAAAAGGAAACAGUGGCUAUGGAUCAAAUAACGGAAAUAGUGGCUACGGGUCAAGCAACGGAAAUAGUGGCUAUGGUUCUAGUAACGGAGGCAGUGGCUACGGGUCAAGCAACGGAAAUAGUGGCUAUGGUUCUAGUAACGGAAAUAGUGGCUACGGGUCAAUUAACGGAAAUAGUGGCUAUGGGUCAAGUAAUGGAAACAGUGGCCAUGGGUCGAGUAACGGGAAUAGUGGCUAUGGGUCAAAUAACGGACAAAAUAGUUUAGGAAGCUUUGGGAUCAGGAGUUUCGGCAGCAGUGGCUUUGGAACAUAGGUGGUUGGGAGGUUCGGGAGGCGGGUUUGGAGGCAUAGGUGGAUUUUCUAGCUUAGGAGGAGGAUCUAGCUUGGGAGGUGGAUCUAGCUUUGGAGGUGGAUCUAUCUUGGGAGGUGGAUCUAGCUUUGGAGGUGGAUCUAGCUUGGGAGGUGGAUCUAGCUUUGGAGGGUGGCAUCGCUCAAGCGGUUUUGGUAGCGGUGGAAGUAGCUUUGGGAAUGGAUUUGGAAAGGGAAGCAGCCUGGAUUUCGGCUCUUUUCGAUAAGAACGGAGGAGGUGGUUACGGAUCCUCCAAUAACAAUGGAGGUGGUUACGGAUCCUCCAAUAACAACGGAGGUGGUUACGGAUCCUCCAAUAACAAUGGAGGUGGUUACGGAUCCUCCACCAAUAACAAGGGAGGUGGUUACGGAUCCUCCACCAAUAACAACGGAGGUGGUUACGGAUCCUCCAAUAACAAUGGAGGUGGUUACGGAUCCUCCAAUAACAAUGGAGGUGGUUACGGAUCCUCCACCAAUAACAAGGGAGGUGGAUACGGAUCCUCCACCAAUAACAAUGGAGGUGGUUACGGAUCCUCCACCAAUAACAAGGGAGGUGGUUCUGGAUCCUCCACCAAUAACAAGGGAGGUGGAUACGGAUCCUCUAAAAACAAUGGCGGCUACGGCACGAUGAGUACGACGGGUUCGUCCUCGCUGCAUUCCGGCUACGACAGCAACAAUGGCUACAGCAGCAACAACGGACGCCACCGCGGCUACCUGGAACUACGGCACAUGCGCGACGGCGGCUACGGCAAUGACGACAAUGACGACGACGGCGAUGACGACGGCUACGAUGACCACGACGGCGACGGUGACGACGACGGCGACGACGACGACGACGACGACGGUGACGACGACGACGACAAGGUGCUGUACCGCAUCGGCAAGCUAGCCGGCAACCGCCUGAGCAAGUCCAUCGACCAGCUGGCAGCGAAGGAGGACCGCCGCCGCUACUACAACCAGCACCGCGUUCCCGUCAUCAUCGAGCAACGACCGAGGCACCUCAACAAACGUACGCUGUUAGGCAGAUUCCGGAAGUAUCUGACGCCGCACCGAAGACGCGAGCCCUACGGCUACAACAGACGUCACCACGGCUACAACAGACGUCACUAUGGAGGAGGCGGCGGGUACGAACCGCACGGCGACUACGGACCGUACAGCGGAUACAACACGUACGGCCGCGACGAACCACAUAGCGGUUACGACACGCCACUCGUCGUUGACAUAUCCGGUGGCGGUUACGGCGACGACGGCAGAUCUUCCCGUUACGGCGACUACGGCAGCUCUUCCCGUUACGGCGACGACGGCAGCUCUUCCGGUUACGGCGACGACGGCAGCUCUUCCGGUUACGGCGCCGACGGCAAAUCUUCCGGUUACGGCGACGACGGCAAAUCCUCCGGUUACGGCGACGACGGCGACGCUGAUGAUGCUUACUAAGCAGUGACGCAGGCGGCGCCCUGACGCGGCAUUCCUUCUCCGUAUCUGACGAAUCAUCGGAAAUCCGGGGAGGGCGGCCAUUUUUUUAGCGAGACUAGCUGAGAGCUAGCGAGGGCACACAGAGUCAGUAACACCUCCCCGAAGAAGAAGAAGGCGGAGAAGGCGGUGGAGGAAAGGGAGGAGAGGGAGGAGGAGGCGUCCCUGGUGGCGGAGGAAGACUAGGCUAGGCUCUCGUUACAAGAACAGCACAGAGAAACACAGUUAACAUGGAAAUGGAUGCGCAUUGUUGAGAGGAGUGACUGGAGUCCGAACAACGCGCUACAUUGUACAGUCAUCGUGACCGCACACCCGGGGCCUGCGAACCACAUUUCGCUUAGUUAUACUUGUGGGUAGUCAUAUCAUAUCAUGAUCAUAUUGUUCCACGAAUGGAUACGUAGUAUUACGUACAUACUCAGACCAUUCUGCAGCACGUUUCGUGCCUAUUAUUAUCAACAUCUAGUAGCACGUUUUUUUUGCUAAUCACCACUAACAUUUCGAAGCACGUCCUAUGUUUGUCAGCAGCACUAAGCAACACGUUUUGUCCGUUUCAUCACCAGCUUUUCUAAAAAUUCAUCUAGGCUUGUCAGCAGCAUCUUGUCGUACGUUAUGUGCUUAUUGUUACCAGUAUCUAGCAGCACGUAUUGUGCUUAUUUUCACCAGAAUCUAUAACAGCUCGUUUUGUGUUCAUCACUGCAACACAUUUCAUGUUUAUUAGCUACUUCAUUACAUUUUAUGCUUAUAAAAUCGCCAGCAUCCAUUAUCAUGUCUUGUAGCUAUUGACGAAUAUAGCCACAAUCUGGGUAUGUAUAUAUAUGUCUAUAUAACAUAUAUAUAUAUAUACACACACUGUUCACACACACAUAUAUAUAUAUAUAUAUUAUAUAUUAUGUGUGUGGUGACAUGUUUUGCAUGUAAAUUAAUCGUAUCGUGUAGAACAAUGCGUAACUAACAGUAACAGGUAGUAUUUAUAUAGUAUAUGUAUUUUAAUAUUUUCGUGAUACGUUGUUGUUACGGUUUCUCGGUACCCUCGGAACCUACCCUCAAGUUGUGGCUAUAGAUAUUUUCAGAGUUUAAUAAACCCAAAUCAAUUUGUCUUUUAUUAACUCCUGAUAUUUUGUAUAGGCCUAAGACCAGCGCGUGAGUAAAGAUAACUCCGAUAUUAGACAUAGCAGGCUGAAUCAGUAAACGACAGCAACAACUAUAUAUAUACGCUAUUGUUUAUUAAACCAGGCGGCACCUAUGACGGAUGAACACGCGCCAUUGCAACGGAAUUUAAUAUGGAAUCGGAUAGCGUCAUAUUAAAAAAAACCGUUAGAUGGAUCCACCGACUCGCUGUUAUCUUAAUCUGUAGCGGAUCGCGCUAGUUCUUCCACGCGUAUAUUGUUAAACCGAUAAUAAAUGACUGUAAACUGCGCAAAAAGCGUUUUCAUACAACGUAUUGUACACACGAA